UGGUGGGAAGAAAAUCACGAGGGAGAUGAGAAGAAAUUCAAACGACGCAUUUGUCGUCUCGAGGAUUUUCAGUGUCAUUGUUAGAACGGCUUCGCCGGAGCACUAUCGCCAUUGUCAGUUCAAGCUUCUUUGCGUUACGAGUAAUUCCUCGAUCACGACGAACAGUUUUUCUCCGCUUCUCAGACGAUGCAUAGAGGGGAAAUCCAUAUCUGGCGUCAAGUGUAUCCAUGCGCAUAUGCUCAAAUGUGGUUUCCCGGUCCAAUUUUCCGGCGGAAAGCUCGUCGAUGCGAGUUUGAAAUGUGGCGAGAUCGGCUACGCGCGUCAGCUGUUCGACGAAAUGCCUGUGAGACAUAUUGUCACGUGGAAUUCUAUGAUUGCCUCUUGCAUAAAGCAUGGAAGAAACAAGGAAGCUGUCACGAUGUAUAACUUGAUGGUUAUGGAGGGAAUCUCCCCGGAUGAAUACACGUUGUCGAGCGUUUGCAAGGCGUUUUCGGAACUGGGUCUUAAUCGGGAAGGCCGGAGAUGUCAUAGCCUCGCCGUGAUUCUGGGUUUGGAAGUGUCGAAUGUGUUCGUUGGAAGCGCCCUCGUGGAUAUGUAUGUGAAAUUUGGGAAAACUUCGGAAGCUAAGUUAGUGUUGAACCGCAUGAAGGAAAAAGACGUAGUCUUGUUUACGGCUUUGAUCGUUGGUUGCUCGCAGAAUGGUGAAGAUUUAGAAGCUGUGAAUCUGUUUAAAAGUAUGGCGGCGGAAGGGGUGAAGGGCAAUGAGUACACUUACUCUAGUGUACUGACAUCUUGUGGGAACUUGAAGGACAUUGACAAUGGCAGGCUGAUUCAUGGGCUUAUGGUAAAAUCCGGAGUUCAUUCUGCUCUUGCGUCACAAACUUCUCUUCUUACAAUGUAUAUGAAAUGCGGUUUGGUUGAUGAUUCUUUGCGGGUUUUCAUAUGGAUCGAUGCCCCGAACCAGGUGACAUGGACUUCUCUUAUAUCUGGACUUGUCCAAAACGGUAGAGAAGAAAUGGCUCUCACAAAAUUCCGGAGGAUGAUGCGUAGUUUAGUCACUCCGAAUUCUUUUACAUUUUCGAGCGUUCUCGGGGGAUGUUCGAAUCUAGCCAUGUUUGAAGAAGGCAGACAAAUUCAUGCUAUAGUGGUUAAACAUGGAUUGGACCAAGACAAGUAUGUCGGGGCAGGCCUCAUAGAUCUUUAUGGGAAAUGCGGGUGCGCGGACAUGGCAAGGUCUGUUUUCGACUCUCUGAAGGAAGUUGAUGUGGUAUCUGUUAACAUGAUGAUCUACAGCUAUGCUCAGAACAGCUUUGGACAAGAAGCACUCGAACUGUACAAGAGAAUGGGAGAUAUGGGUCUUGAGCAAAACAAUGUGACAAUCAUGAGCAUACUGUUGGCCUGUAAGAAUUCUGGGUUAGUUGAAGAAGGCUGUGAAAUUUUCGGCUCCAUCAGAGGAAUGGAGAAAAACAAUAAGACAGUGUUAACACAUGAUCAUUACGCCUGUAUGGUAGAUUUGCUUGGACGUGCAGGGAGAUUAGAGGAGGCUGAAAUGCUAAUAAUAAACCAUGUGACAAACCCAGGUGUGGUUCUGUGGAGAACUCUGCUCUGUGCAUGUAAGAUUCAUAAACAUGUUGAGAUGGCAGAGCGGAUAAAGAAGAAGAUCCUCGAGAUUGCACCGGGAGAUGAAGGAACUCUCAUUCUAAUGUCCAACCUUUACGCUGCCUCGGGAAAAUGGAAUCGGGUGAUCGAGAUGAAGAGUGAGAUGAGGGAGAUGAAGCUGAAAAAGGAUCCGGCCAUGAGUUGGGUUGAAGUGGAUAAAGAGAAGCAUUCGUUCAUGGCUGGAGAUCUCUCACAUCCAAACUCAGAGCAUAUUCUUGAAACACUAGAAGAGCUGAUCAAGAAGGCUAAAGAUUUGGGUUAUGUCGAGGACAAGAGCUGUGUGUUUCAAGAUAUGGAUGAGUCGGCGAAAGAGAGAUCAUUGUAUUACCAUAGCGAAAAACUCGCCUUGGCUUUUGCUGUAUGGAGAAACGCCGGUAAAGCUGGCGGUAUUCGGAUUCUGAAGAAUCUAAGAGUAUGUGCUGAUUGCCACAAUUGGAUUAAAAUGGUGUCGACAAUCAUCAGAAGAGAGAUUAUCUGUAGAGAUGCGAAGAGGUUUCACCAUUUCAAAGAUGGGUCAUGUUCAUGCGGAGAUUAUUGGUAGAUUGUUACACGGUGGAGGGGGCUAUAUUUCGACAUUUAAAAGUAUGCGUCAACAUAAGUGAAUUGCAUAAAAAUGAAGGGUCAAUAAGCAAUUUCAUGGAUGUUUAAUU